AUGGCGAGGGAUAAGAAAAAAUCCUCGCCAUUUGGCACACUAAUCACCAUGUCUCACACUAUUAAGAAGUUUCUGUACAUCCCAAUGACCAUGGGAUUAUGUAUACCCUCUGCAGAGGAUGAGGCUUGUCCUGGGUACUACUGGUUUGUCCUUGAUGGUCGUGGUUGUGGAGGUAGAUACUUUGGAAUGCGUUUUGCAAAGAUGUUGGAAAACAUGUUUGGCACAAUGGAGUUGUGGGAAAAGGCUAUGUAUCAUCUUCUCGGCAAAUGUCUUCUCUGGAAUAUUAUGAAGAUCCGAUAUAGGUAUCAAGCAACAAGUGCCAGUGAACGAGCCAGUUUCGUGCUCAUGAGAGCUUGUGGUAUGUCCCAUAAUGCCAUUGCUCGAGCGACUGGUGUCAGCGUGUCCACAGUCUAUAAGUGGAUACAACGCUGGCUGCAGGAAGACAGUGUCAGGGCAACACCUUGUCAACACACUUCUAUGGAAAUAAAUACUGUAUUUGAUGAAGUGGAUGGUAGUACUGGUAAACAGGAUAUGAAGUGGUCCAUGAUGCGCCUGCAGCAGACUGGUCUCUCAACACAGGUGAUGGAGGCUUGGCUGGUCACACAGGUGGUGGAGGCUGUGUUGACCUCAACACAACAUGGCAGCUACUCUGUAAUUUUUAUUACGGACGGCACUACCUCACCCUCCACUAUCUUCAUGAUAAUAGAUCAUCUACGGUUUCCAGGAGGAGCUGGAUUUUUCGAAGCAGUAAUUAAUGGAUCUGAUUUCAAGCAGAGGGACGAGUACCUCUCUCUGCUGGUUGAUAAUGUUAAGAUGCUGCGGAAGUUGUCAUCAUACACAACAAUUGUAGUGAUAAGUGACGAGGCAACCUUCCUCGCCGCCUUCGUUAAGUGGUCCGUCAAGGGGCGACUCAUGGUGUGGUCGACGAGGCUCCUCAUCCUCACUCACUCUCGCCUCAUGGAGCUGCAGGAUCUCCACACAACCUUGUCCAACCUCAACUCUAUGUUGGUUAUUAUCAACGACGACACAACAAACAUCAGGUGCAGUGUUUACGUCCAGCUGCCGUAUAGUCCGCGGGGAUCCCAGGUUGUGCAGGUGGCCUCCUGGACACCUCGUCGUGGCCUCCUCCUCACCUCACACCUCCCACUCUUCCCGGAAAAAUUCUCAAAGUUCCACAUCAGACCGAAUUUGCUGGUGGCGGUCGACGACUCUGGCUUUGGUAGGUUAUUGACGGUAUUUGGCCCUAAAGGUUACAUGGUUCAGUUCCAGGGUGCAUUGGGAAAAUUCAUAGAAUACCUCUCCGUUGCACUCAACUUCACGUACUCCUUCAUGCGACCUCCUGAUAGAGUCUGGGGUGUUAGACUCAAUAAUGGUUCAUGGACCGGCAUAAUGGGCAUGGUGGUCAGGGAGGAAGUAAGUAUCGGUGCUGGACCUUUUGUUGUUGAUAGAUGGCGAGCCGAGGCGGUGGACUUCACUGUACCGAUGGUGAUAGACUACUGGAGGAUCCUGGGGGUCCGAGGUCUUCCUGAAGUGGACCCCUGGGGCUUCCUGUUCCCCCUGGCACCGCUGGUGUGGGCGGCCAUCCUGGUGAUGCUGGUAGUGCUUGCUGCUGCAGUGUUCCUCAUGUAUUCCUGCGGCUCUCUCAAGAAUGAUGACCAUAACUACUGGUUACACAUCACUUUUGGCUACGUUCGGAUAUUGUUACAGCAAGAUAUGACGCUGCCUAUAUACUGGUUGUGGGAGCGGUUGUUGCUGCUGGUGUGGAUGAUGGUGACACUGGUGUUAACACGGAGUUACUCUGGCAACCUCAUGGCUCUUCUGGCAGUGAGACACAUCCCUGAACCUUACCAAACACUACGUGACGUGAUGGACGACCCAUCUGAGCUAAUAUGGGAUAAAGACUCUGUAACUGUUGCUUUUUUAAAAUCAGCGGAGUCUGCUAUACACAGAGAAAUUAUGGAUGCAGAAAAGACUGGUCGACUCAUAUACAGACCACGUCCGCAGUUCCCUGAACUUAUAGACACUUUGGUGCGACGGGGCGACCACGUCAUUUCUAUCUCUCAUAGUGGUUUCAGAACUAUUACUGGUCACGAUUUCACGAAAACAGGAAAAUGUUCAUUUUACGAGUUGAAAGAUGAGUUUGUGCAGAUAAUGUACGCAAUGAUUAGUCAAAAGGACAGUCCACUUGUGCCAGCUUUAAAUAAGAGAAUAACGUCGAUGACAGAGGCUGGGUUGUUCUUCCAGUGGUUGAUAGCUGAAGAACCCAACUCCACUGUGUGUGAUCAUGUUCCCACCAAGAUCACUGUCAACGAGGCACUCUCUCUCAGUAACCUCUGGCUUCACCUAUGUUGA